AUGUCGUCGCCGACUCGCUCCGACUCCUUCAAGCACAUUCCCCACUCCCCCAUGUAUCAGGAUUCCCAAGCCUCAUCACAGCCACUGAGUCGACGAUCCUCCGUCUUCUCGGAUCUCAUGACCCUGUUCCGGAAGAGCACAACCAGUCGCCGGAGAUCGGUUUAUCGACCGCCCCCGAGGCGGAAAUCAACCGCCGCCACGUUGGAACAGGGAUUGUUGUUGUCGAAAGGGUUAGAUUUGGGAGGGAAUUUGGGGGUUUUUUGGGGAAAAGGUUGGAAAACAAAUAAUUUUACAAUAAAAAAAUUUGUAAAAUUUGAAAAAAUAAAAUAUGAAGAUCUGGGAUUUUUUAUGGGAAAAUUUUUAAAAAAAUAAUUUUUUAAAAAAAAAAUAAAAAAAGUAAGUGCGAAAAUUUAGAAUUUUUUGAACAAAAAAAAAUCGAAAAAAUAGAAAAAAUAUUGAAAAAUUUGAAAAAAUAAAAUAUGAAGAUCUGGGAUUUUUUAUGGGAAAAUUUUUAAAAAAAUAAUUUUUUAAAAAAAAAAUAAAAAAAGUAAGUGCGAAAAUUUAGAAUUUUUUGAACAAAAAAAAAUCGAAAAACUAAAGAAAAUAUUGAAAAAAUAAAGAAUGAAAAUUUGGAAUCUUUUAUUGAAAAAAAUGAUUUUUUGGGAGAAAAAGUUUCGAAAAACAAAAAAUGGAAAAAAAAAUUAAAUAUGAAGUUUUUGGGAUUUUUUGAGAGAAAAAGAUUUUAAAAAAGUAUAAAAAAAAGUAAAAGAAAUUAAAAUAUGAAAAUUGAGAAUUUUUUGAAAAAAAUUGAAAAAAUGAAAAAAAAAAAUAAUAAAAAUAAAAUAAGAAAAUCAGCGAUUUUCUAUGGGAAAAUUGGAAAAAAUGGUUUUUAAAAGAAAUAUGGAAAAAUGAUUUUUCGAAAAAAGACUGAUUUUUUUCAGGAUUUAAAAAUUUAAAAAGAAGAAAAAUACUAAAAAAAUAAUAACAAAUACAAAAAAUUAAUUGAAAAUUUUUGGAGACCACGAAAAAAUUUAUUUUAUUUUUUUAAAUUUAUUUAAAAAAGUUAAAAAAAGACAGAAAAUCAAAAAAAAAUAUAUAUUUUUCUAUUCUAAAAAUAAAAAAAUUAAAAAAAAUCCUCAAAAAAACCAUUUUUUAUCUUCCAUUUUCAGCGACGAACUCGCCCAGAACGACGAUGAAGAGGACGACGAAACCAGCAAGAAGCCAAUGACCCGUCAACUCCUCCUUUCCAAGAUCCGCGAAAAGAAAGAAGUCAUCAAUAAUUUGCGUUGCAAACCAUGGAGUAUGAAUCGAAAGAGGCGGACUUUACGGCUGGCCCAAAAGUACUUGGAACAGCACGAAAACAAAGUCUCAACGGGUCAUUUGUAUAAGGAGGAGUUGAGUAAAAAAUGGCAUCAAAUUGUGCGAUGGGGCAGCAACAUCAACACGUAUUUGAUACCGUGGGAAAGCAAGAUUAAGAAAAUUGAAAGUAAGCCAAUUUUUGGGAGAAAAAAUCGUUUUUAUUUUUUCGAUUGAGUACGGAAAGGUCCGCUAAAAAAAAGGAAAAAGGAGGGCGGGGGGAAUGCUGGGGGGAGGUUUUCGAUGGUGCUGAUUUCGGAAAUCAUAUCAAUUUUUAUCCGAAUUUUACAAUUUUGCUUAAGCAGUAGUGUCAUUUUCGCUGUAGAGACGAAAAAAGCGUCAUAAGUUUUCUUACAGUAUCAUACAAGAAGUUUGACCAAGUUUUUACCAACUAAAACAUUUAUUUUAAAGAAUUGAGGAAGAUAGGCAAAAAUUCGGAAGAAAUGGAUACAAUUUUCAAAAUCAGCACCACCGAAAACCCCUAAAUCCAUUAUUCAAAAAAAAAAUUUUUUUUUAAUUACUAUUAAGCAAAAUUGUAAAACUAAGAUAAAAUGGAUACGAUAUUCGAAAUCAGCGCCAUCGAAAACCUCCCCCUCUCCCCGCCCUCCUCUUUUCUUUUUUAGCGGACCUUUCGUGCCCUUGGCAAUAUCUGACGGUUUUUGGAUCACUUUUGAGACAUUUAGAUCACUUUUAAGGCAUUUUUGAGCUAUUCAGGAUCUCGGAGUAGUAUCCUGGCAAUUUCUGACGUUUUUUGGAUCAUUUUUGAGGUCUUUUUACUACUUUUGAAAUUUUAAAAAUUAUUUAGAUCUGAAGGCCUCUUGGCAAUAUCUGACGUUUUUUGGAUCGCUUUUGAGACAUUUUGAUCACUGUUAAGUCAAUUUUACCACUUAAAAUUUUUUAGUAUAUAGAAAGCUUGUAGCUUCAUGAUCACAUUUGACGUUUUUUGAUCAUUUUUGAAAUUUUUUGAUAAUGUUUGAUGCCUUUUGAUAGCUUUUGAAUUUUUUUACGAAUUUUUCCAAAAAAAAUUUUUUGAGGUUUCUAACAAAUUUUUCUGCAUUUUUAGCCCUCGAUUUGCACUAAAUCACCUUGAUUUUUUAGUCAAAAAAUCUCUAAUUUAUUUUUAGGAAUUUUUAUUUUUUUUGAUGUUUGUUUAAAGAUGUCAGACAGAUUUUAUCGCUCUAAAUUUAUAUUUUUUUAGGUCACUUCGGGUCAGUUGUCUCAUCAUAUUUCACAUUCUUACGUUGGGUCCUUUUCAUGAACUUAAUUAUUACACUGCUCAUAUGCGCUUUUGUGGUGUUGCCGGAGGUGAGUUUUGCGUUAUAUUUUUUACGUUUUUUUAUUUUAUUGUUAUUUUAUUUUCGGAAUUUCGAAAAAAAAUAAUAAUAUUAUUAUUUUUUGACACAUAGUUUCUGCAAACGUAUUUUAUAUUCCAUAAAUUUUUUUUAUUUUUUUAAGAAAUUCAAAUUGUUUUUUGGAUAUUCCAAUUUAGAUUUUUAAAAAAUAUUUUGAAUUUUAAAGACGUUUUCACGCGAUUUUACAACAACAAAAAUGAGAAUUUAAUUAUAUUUCAGACCAUCGCUGAUGCUACAGCGACGCCGGCACGACAAGAGCGGACAAGAACACGGAAAGUUUUGCCGUUUGAGGAGAGAAAACACGCCGAUACAAUACAAGUCAUUUGGCAUUAUGAUGUGAGAAUUUUUUAAAUUAUUUAUUUCCUAAUAUUUUUUUUUCAUUUCUGAUUUUUUUAUUUACUUUGAAUUUUUUAUUAACAGGGGAAGUACUCCAAGUGCGACGCUCAGAUUUUGAUGAAACUUGGCACAAAUUUAGAAUAAUUUUUUCUAAGAUAUAAGCGAGAAUCCAAGCUCGCGCUUUGCAGAAACAACCGAGAUUUUUAGAUCGAAAGUCGGCCAAAAUUUAGGACUUUUUGCCGAAUUUUGGCACGAAAAGUUUCGUGCCUAUUUCUACCGUAAAGGAUAAUGUUUCUACAAAAAAUCAAAUUUUUCCGCACGAAACUGCCAAAGUUAUGGCCAAAAAGCGCUUUUCUCUCUGACCGCUCUCCACGUUUAGCGUGCUCUCUCGGCGGCGCCCGCAAAGCGCGAGCUUAAACUUUCAGAAAUUGAUAUUUAGUCCAUACCCGACGUGUGUGUAAAAUUAAAAAAAAAAUCUGAGCGUCGCACUUGGAGUACUUCCCUUGUAAAAUUUUUUUAUUAUAAAGGAGGUACCCCAAAAUGCGAUGCUCAAUUUUUCUUCAAAUUUGACACAUACUUCGUACCUAGUCCACAUAUCAAUUCCUGAAAGUUUUAGCUCGAGGUUUGCAGGCGUAGCCGAGAUAUUCAACGACCUUUACGGCCGAGAGAGCACCCAAAACGCGGAGAGCGGUGGUCAGAGGGAGAGAAAACCAUUUUUUGGCCGUAUCUUUGCCAGUUUCUUGCGGAAAAAAUUGAUUUUUUGUGAAAACAUUUCCCUCUAUGGUAGAAAUAGUCAGGAAAAUUUUCAUGCCAAAAUUCGCAAAAAAAAAUUUUUAAUUUUGACCAAUUUUCAGACAAGAAAUUCUCAAAAAAAAAGUCUCAAAUUUUUUCCAAUUUUCGGUCAAAAAAUCUCAAUUUUUUCAGCAAAGCGCCAGCUAGUAAUCUUGCAUAUGCCUUGGAAAAAAUUAUUCUAAAUUUGCGCCAAGUUUUAACAAAAUCUGAGCGUCACACUUCAAGUAUUUCACAGUUUGGGUUUUUUACCUUUUUAGUACAUAUUUAAAAAAAUAUUUUCUAGGGUUAUGUCCGAUAUUCCCCACUGUUCUACGGAUACUACAGUGCGGACGAAUAUGAUGCCGCCAGCGGGGUUCGGUAUUCUCUGCCAUUGGCCUAUUUUCUCACAAUUUUAUUGGUUUUUGGCUACAGUUUCUUUGCGAUUUUGAGGAAGUAAGUGGAUUUUAAAGCUUUAAAAAAAUUUUUUGAUUUUUUAAAUUUUUUCGGGCCAUUUCUGCAUAACGCGGUUUCCGAUUUUAAAUAAUCUUCAAAUGCUUUGAGAUUUUUUUUCUUUUUGUCUCCAAGACUUAGAUUUAUCGUUUUUUUUUACAAAAUUUGUCUUUGUUUCUGCAUAACGCGGUUUCAAUUUUUUAAUGGAAAUUAUAUGGCAGAAAUGCACCCCGUAUUUUACCCGACCAGGAGUGAGCAAAAACUAUAUCUAUAGAAUUUUUUGACUGUUUCUGCAUAACGCGGUUUUGAUAUUUUUCAAAUUUCUUGAAUAUAGAAUUUUGCGUAACGCGGUUUUACUUAUGAAUAAAACCCAAAAAUUGUAAGGACGUAUUUUACCAAAGUUAUUUGACCAAAAGGUUCUCUUUUCUCUUCAUUUUCUGCAUAACGCGGUUAAAGUUUUUUUAAAAAAAGUAACGUUUCCACCAAUUUUACUACUCCGUAUUUUACCCCACUUCAGAAUGGCCUCCAACGCCUCCAUGUCGAAGCUGGCGGGCAGCAAGGCCGAGCAGUACAUCUUCAACUGGAAACUCUUCACCGGCUGGGACUACACCAUCGGCAACUCGGAGACGGCCACCAACACCGUGAUGGCCGUGAUCAUCAAGCUGCGCGAGUCGAUUGCGGAGAGCCGCGUGCAGACGAAGGAGAAGUUCCAGUGUCUGCGGUUCUCGCUGCGCGUCUUCGCGAACAUGGUCAUCCUGGCCAUGCUGGCGUUCUCGAUUUAUUGCAUUUCGUUCGCCGUCCAAUCAUCAAGCACCGUGGAAACAUCAUCAAGCUUAAUUAUCGACAAGAAUCAAGUGGGUUUGAGGGGUGGGGGGUCAAAUCUCGGAAAAAUAAAGGAUGAACCUGAACAUCAGGGUUUUCGUGGUGGGACUCAAAAAAAAUUUUCUAUGUAAAUUUUUGACACAGUCGAACGUAAUAUGACUUAUAGAGCCUAUGCAGGUCUAAAUUUAUCAAAAAUAUACGAUGACCCUGAACAUCAGGGGUUUUCGUGGUGGGACCCAAAAAAUUUUUUUGACAAGGAAAGUACUUUUAUGGGGGCUCCUACUUUUUGACGGGACAUAACUCAAAAAAUCAGAAAAAAUGUGCUGAUCAAGGAUAUAUAAAUCUUAGCUGCCCAUUUUGGGCUUUUAGGGGUGAAAAUGCCCAAAAACUGACUCAAUUUCCCUACAAAAGGCGCAGGCAUUCGAAACAAUAAAAAGCGCAGUCGGUCUCUUCCUUCGGAAGAGAGCGGUGUGGCUGAGUGGUUAGUGCCGUGGUCUGGGAAUCAAGAGGGGGGACGCCGCACGGGUUCGAUUUCCCUUUUGGGCUGAAUCAACUUUUUUUGAAGUUGAAGGUCGGAAAAAUAAAUUUUUGGGCCAACACUGAUUUAUUACGUCUUAGAAACUCAAUAAACAUCAUUUUAAGCCAAAAUAAAAAUUGUAAACCCGUGAAAAAUUAGGCGAAAAGGGGUUCAUAUAGGACUUUAAGUCAACUUCCGAUUGAGUUUUCACCCCUAAAAACCUAAAAUGGGCAGCUAAGAUUUACAUAUCCUUGAUCAGCACAUUUUUUCUGAUUUUUUGAGUUAUGUCCCGUCAAAAAGUAGGAGCCCCCAUAAAAGUACUUUCCUUGUGAGUAAAUUUUGAGUGGAAUCGAGCGUUAUACGGCUUAUAACGCCUAUCUAGGCAUAAAUUUAUCAAAAAUAAACGAUGAACCUGAAAUUCAAGAUUUUCGUGGUGGGACCCAAAAAAAAGAAGAAAUUGUUUGUAAAAUACGAGAAUUAUACCAUUUCUUUAUGUACGACUCUAAUCUUCUUUAUAAACAUUUUUCUCUUCGAAUCAGUGCGAGUUUGAACAUCAGGCUUUCGUUGUGGGACCCAAAAACCUCUCAUUUGAUUGAGUAAAUAAAGCAUUUUUUUUCGAAUUACUUGUAAGCUUUAUAUAAGGUCAACUUUGCCAAGAAAAGAAGAUGAAUUUUCAGGGUUUUCGCUGCGGGACCAAAAAAAUUUUUUUAUUUUUUUGUUAAAAUACGGUUAAUUCAUUUGCUAAAUGUAAAAAAGCUGUUGCAAAAUGCCCCUAGAGCAACCUUAAGUCAUCUUUUUAUAAAUUUCCAACGAGCGAACAUAAAAAUCGAUGUUUUCGUGGCGGGACCCAAAAAACUCUAUUUUAUUGUGUAGUAUUGUAAAAUACGUGGUAGAAUUCGACCAAAGCCUUAUGUCGACAGAUAAAAUAUUAAAAAUUCAUUUUUUGGCCAUGCCACAAAGCAGUAAAAAAUCUCAAAAUCCAAUUUUCCAGGUUCCAACCGUCAUAUCACUGAUUACCCACUUCUUUCCUAUGAUUUUCGACCUGAUCGGGCGCAUGGAGAACUACCAUCCGCGCACCGCACUGCGCGCCCAUCUGGCCAGAGUUUUGGUUCUCUACGUUCUGAAUUAUAUGACUUUUAUUAUCGCGCUCUUCGAGAAGCUGGACAAAAUUCGCGAUAGCAAGGCGACAACGCAUGCGGAGGCUCUUAAUGAGGAACAUUCAAGGGCGAAACGACAGUUGCACGUGAAUUUUAAUGGAAAGGUAAGUGAAACUGCGAGUUAUGGGGAAAUCGCGUUAUCCAAAAUUCGCGUUAUAGGGAAAUCGCGUAGUGUAGAAUAAAAAAAUGCUUAAAGAUUUUUGAAAUUUAGUCAUAGUGAACUAAAAUCGCGUUGUGUAAAAGUCGCACUAUAUGGAAAUAUCGCUAUGCAGAAAUCGCGUUAUACAGAAAUACGCAUUAUAUAGGGAUAUUGUAAGCAAAAAUGAAGACAGAGAGCUUAGAGACUUCAAAAAGCACAAGAUAAAAUCGCGCUAAGCAGAAAUCGCGUUAUACAGAAACAGCGUUUUAUGGAACUAUUUUUUUAUUUGCUAAUUUAUCGACUCUCUGUAUCGAAUAAGUACGAUUCUAAAAUAUUUUUAGCAAAUUAUAACUCAAAAAAUAUUUUUUUUUCAUGUUUUUAGUCAUUCCAAAGCCGGAACUUCUCCGACUUCCAACAACUCAAAAACUUCUUCGGCAAAGGCACCUUCACCUACACGGGUAAACGUCGCCGUCCAACCACCACGACCCCACGCCCCACAGCCGUCACCGUCGACGGCGUGAACGUCGAAAUUGCGAAUCAAUUCGGGCCGGUUGGAGUGAACCAUGCGACGGCGUUGUUGCGCAACAAAAGUCUGCUCGUAACGCCGAUCCCGCGCUUCGAGACGAGGCCGUUGGGGCCGACCAAAGUCAAUGAAGUACAGAGUCGACGAUUUCCACCGAAAAUACGGUAAAUGAAAAAUUGAUGACAUAAGGCGUGUUUGUGAAUUUAGACUGCCCUCGCAUCGGAACCGAGACGAAGAAUAUGGGCCGCAUUGGGAGAGGAAGUUCAUGGAGGAGGAGGAGAGCGAGGAGGAAGUCAGCGAAGUGCCCGUGCUGAGCUUGGAACAGCCGGAUCGUAAGUUGCCAGAGGAUACAUCGUUUUUGACGGGCGCUACGACUCCCCCGACAAGGGAGGUCGCUUUUUUCGCGGAUUGGUCCAUACUGGUGGCCUGGUGGAUGUCACUCUACCAUCAAACCUCAUUUUUCUAUUUUUCAAGUCCGUUUUUUGGAGGUUUUUUUGAUGGAGUAUAUACUAUAUACUGGGUAUUACAAAAAACUGAAGGAAAGUGGAAGGCUAUAACUUCCGGCGGACUUUUUCAACCGGAAAAGUCCGAAAUUUCUCGAUCAUUUCCAACCGAAAAACCUGGUUUUCUGGGUAGAGACGCCUCUACUUCAGAAGGUCGUAGCGACCUCAGUUUGCACUUUAAGAGCUUGUUAUUUCGUGGACAAAAACUUAUGUCUUUUAAAAAUACAUAUUUCAAAUACGAAGUCUCUGCGCCGCCUCCGCCGGAAGUUAUAGCCUUCCACUUUCCUUCACGUUCUUUGUAAGACCCUGUAUAUUUAUUAUGGCUUUAUGAGCCAUAAAUUUGAACUCAGGGCCCGUAAACGCUUUUGGGAGGUGCUUCUUACACUUCCUAAGGCCUAGAACAUCCACUAGGUCAUCAGUAUCGGCCUCUCCUUCCUUUCUGAGGCUAGAUAAUUGAAUUUUUUUGAACUUUGGCAUUUGUCCAUCUGUACGACAUGAUUUUUUUGAAUAUUUUAGCUGUGGCUUUGCAGGCAUGUUGAGAUAUUUUUGAUUUUUUGCAAAUGAAUAAUGUAGAAAAUGAGGAGAGACUGUCAAAAAAAAAUCGGCAAUAUCCUGUCGAAAAUGGACUUUUCGAAAAACUUUUGUUUGGCUAAUAUAAGAAUUGCUUUCAGCCGGCUCCCAAGAAAAGAUCAUAGCCAGCGAGGAGGGUCCCAAAGAGGUCUACAACAAUCAGAUUUGCUGGGAGACAAUGAUUGGACAGGUAGAGUUGUAUUAGGUUUUUAAAAUACGUCAUCGCGAAAUAAAGCUUUUUUUUGUAGGAGUAAUUUUGUGUCAUAUAAAAAUUUAGGAGAACUCUUUUGUGCGGAAAAAAUUAAUUUUUUGUAGAAAUAUUACCCCCCGCGGUAGAAAUAGGGAUUAAACUUUUUUUGGAAAACAUUUUCCACUGUUUGAUCUAAAAAUCUUGGUUAUUUCUGCAAACGCGAGCUAGAUUUUUUGUUGAAAAUUGACGAAAAUUCGAUCAUUUUUUGAUUUUAGCUAUAAAAAACUGGUUUUGAAAUCCUCUUUCUAUCCGCGUUUUAUAGAAACGCGUUGUACAGAAAUAUUUUUUUAAAUGUCAUUUGCUUAAAACCCACCAAGAUUUUGCUGUCGUAUUUUACAAUUUCCCCAUAAAUUUUCCAGCAAAUCGUGCGCCUAGUCAUGAUGGACCUCUACAUUACCAUUGCUUCCAUCAUGGUCAUCGACUUUUUGCGCGGCCUCUGGAUCCGCUACACCGCCACGUGGUGGUGUUGGGACGUGGAGAACGUCUUCCCCGAAUAUGGAGAGUUCAAGGUCGCCGAGAAUGUGCUGCAUAUCAUCAACAAUCAGGGAAUGGUGUGGCUGGGACUCUUUUUCGCGCCUCUCUUGCCCGCCAUCAACAAUGUAAAGCUGAUCAUCUUCAUGUACAUCAGAGCGUGGGCCGUGAUCACGUGCAAUGUGCCGGCCAGAGAGAUUUUUAGAGCUUCCAGGCAAGUUGAUGGGAGAUUUAGAGGAAAUUUAGGGUAUUUUGGCCAAUUUUUUUUGAAUUUUAAGUUUCCCGCCAAUCUUGGCAUUGUGUUUUAACGGUCAAAAAGGGUUGCGAGACGGUUUUGUGGUAUAAGAAUUCUUUUGGAGAAUCAUUAGAUGAUUUCCAGAGGAUUUUUUUUUGAAUUUCAAAUUUCCCGCCAACCUUGGCAUUGUGUUUUAACGGUUGAAAAAAGCUUUGAAAAAGAUUUCUGAAGCCUAACAGACGCUAUAUAAUUACUUUAAGAAAAUAAUCACUAAUUUUUUCGAUAAAAAAUAUUUGAAUUUCGAAAAUUCCCGCCGAUCUUGGCAUUGUGUUUCAACGGUCGAAAAGGUUGUAAGAAGGUUUUCGGCACCAUAGAAGACGUUUAAAAUGCUUUAGAAAAAUGAUUAAAUCAUUUCCAGAGGAAAUUUUUUGAAUUCAAAAUUUCCCGCCAAGUCUGUCAUUCUGUCUCAGUGGCCGAAAAAGCUUUGAAAAUGAUUUUGGGAGCCUAACAGAUGGAAUAUGAUUACUUUGAAACAAUAAUAUAAAAUUUUCAUUUGCAAAUUCAAAUUUCCCGCCUAAUUUUGAAAGUCCUUGGAAGCUAUUAUAUUUUAAAAUACGAAAUUUUAAAUGUUUACUGUAUUUAUGUUUUAAAACCAUUUUACAUUACUUUUCCACAUUUUAACACAAAAAAUCCCGUUUUUUCAAAAAAAAAAUCGAAUUUUGGGUCCCACCACGAAAAGUUGAAAAAUUCAAAAUCCCCGAUUCCGAUCGAAUAAAUCGAAUAAAACCCACUCCUUUGUCGCAAAAACCCCUCGGCCACUUGUUUGUCAUAAGCCCUCUCGCAAUUUCCGGUCAUUUGGCCUUUUCGCCUCGGGGCAUUUAAAAAUUGAAAAUCCGUGUCCGUCGGAAAAAAUAAAAGUGACCGAUCAUGCCCCGAGGGCCCCGGAGACUUUUGCGGGGCCACGUCAGUUGGCCAUCAUGCUUUUGACGGUUCGAGUGACCUUUUUCAUUUUAAGGUCCAGCAACUUCUACCUGAUGAUCUUGUUGCUGUGGCUGCUGUUGUGCACACUGCCCGUUGGAUACGUAAUUGCGAGCAAACAGCCGAGCGGCAACUGUGGACCGUUUGCGUAAGUUUUGAAGGUUUUAUAGAGACUGUAAAUAAUUUAUAAAGCCGAUGAAAUCAAAAGUUAUACGAGGUCGAAGAUACGUGGUGCGGCAAUUUUCCGGCCGAAUUUCAAUUGGCUAUAACUUUUUUAGUUUUUGGCCAAAUAUUAAAAUUCUUUUUUUCCCUGAAUCCUCAGACUUCCCCGUUUUGUACAAUACCAAAUAUGUUAUAUACACAGUGGUCUAGUUCAUAGUUAUUGGCCUUUUUUGUCGGUAGUAAUGACCGAAAAUUUGGCGCCGACCACUGCGGGAAAACAUGUCAAGAUUUCUUACGUUAACCAAAAAAAUCAUUUGCCGACCUAAUUCAGCGAUUUCCAGGCUUAACUUACCAGUCUGUCGGGAAUAUAAUGAGCACAAUGUCGCUGCUCCAAUUGCGUCGCUGAAGUAAAAAGCGAUUUGAGUUUGUGACACAAUUCGUUUGCUCGUCGGCGAUGGGAUUUUCUCUGCGACAGAGUGCUCAUUAUUUUCCCGACAGACCGAUUACCUAAAUUUACACCAAAUUUCAUCCAAAUUCAACAGCUUAAUUGAUUUUUCGCUUUAUUUUUCGUAUUUUAUCCCAGUUUUAAAUCAUUUCCCCCCUUGUUCCAAUCCAAUUUUCUCCCCUUCAGCGGUCGUCAUCAUUUCUAUGACGUCAUCACACAGCUUCUUGAAGACAAAGUUGACAAAAAUGUGCUCAAAUGGAUCCGCUAUGUGGGAUCGCCGGGCGUUGUUAUUCCAGUCCUCCUGUUGCUGAUGUAAGUUCGAAUUUUUGAUGGUAAAAUACGUCUCAACAAAAUUUAUGAUCAAAAAAUAUAUAUUCUAUUUUUCAGGCUGAUAAUUUACUUCUUGGUCUCAUUGGUUCGAGGGCUCCGUGAAGCCAACACCGACCUUCAACAACAGCUUGUUCAUGUAAGUCUAAUAUUUUUUUUGAAUGAAAAAAGGAUGAACGGAGGUAAAAAAUGACUUUUUUGGAGAAAACAGGGAUUUUUUUAAGUAUCGUAUUUUACAAUUUUCAUUGAAAAUUUUUGUUGAAUAACUUAUUCAUGUAUAGGUUUGAUAUAUUUAUUAUUUUUUUUUUAAAUAAUAAUAUUAAAAUAGAAGGAAGACUGGACGAAAGUAAACAUUACUUUUUUAGAUACCUUUUUUAAGAUUUCGUAUUUUACAAUUUCCAUUAAAAAAAUUUUUUUUUGGAAAAAAGUUGUUUUUUGGGACUUUUACAAACAAAAAAAUCCAAAAUUUUUUUACCACUAAUUUUCACGUUUAUUUAUUUAUUUACUAUAAAAAAAAUGUAAAAUACGACUUUUCUAGAUAAUAUAUUUAAACUUUCCAAAAAUUUGUAUGUUCCUAAAAAAAAUUAAAGGUAGUUUUGUUUGUAAAAUACGCGAUUUUUGCUUGUUCUGAGAAAAUUUCCGAAAAUGUAAAAUACGAGUCAUUUUUUGACCAAAAUUUUUUUUUUUUAUUUUUUUAAAUAAAAAAAAUAUUUUUUCUUUGUAAAAUACGCCAUUUUUGCUUUUCUGCCGCACUUUUUCAAAAUUACUUUUUGUGAAAAAAAUGUAAAAUACGAAUUAUUACAUUUUUUUAAUUUUUCGAAAAUUCGUAUUUUAUGUCUUUAAAAAAUAAAAAAGUAUUUUUUUUUUUGUAAAAAACGCCAGUUUUGCUUUCUGCCGCACUUUUUCAGGUUCAUUUAAAAAAUGUAUAAUACGAAUUAUUCUCUUCAUUUUUUAUGUUUUCAAAAAUUCGUAUUUUAUGUCCCUAAAAAAUUAAAAAGUACUUUUUUGUAAAAUACACCGUCAUUGCUUUUGUGCCACACUUUUGCAUUAAAAAAAUCCGAAUUAUUCCCUUCAUUAAGUUUUCAAAAAUUUGUAUUUUAUGCCCUUUUUCAGGAGCGCACCGAAGAGAAGAAAAAGAUCUUCGAGCUGGCGGGCGGUGGUCAAAAGAACAAGAAGAACCCGUUCAGUCGAUUCACCGGCAACAAGAGUGCCCCCAGAAAGAUGGGCCAACACGUGCCGGAGCUGGAGCAGAAGCGGCGUGAGCCGUGGAGGGCGUACAAUGGCAGGGACAAUGUAGCGUCGCUCUGUCCGACGGACGAACCGCCAAGUUCGCCGAACUCCCCGACCAGCCAACAGCCGAGUCCGCCCAGUUUCAGGAAACGGUCGGCCCGCCCGGAUGAGUAUUAUGAUGACAGAGCGCGUGCCAUUCCCAAAGCAAUGAGCUUAACGUAAGUAUAGAGUGGGGAAAAAGUGGCGCAGCUUGGCAAAAACCUCAAAAAAUGAAAAUCAGCGCGAGCUGCGCCCAGAAAAUAGAAAUUUUCUUUGCUAGAAAACCACGAAGUACAGAAAGGUCCGCUGCGGAAAGGUCCGCUAAAAAAGAAAAGAGGAGGGCGGGGAGGGGGGAGGUUUUCGAUGGCGCUGAUUUCGAAUAUCGUAUCCAUUUUUUCUUAAUUUUACAAUUUUGCUUAAGCAGUAGUGUUAAUUAGUAAUUUAAAAAAAAAAUUUUUUUUUGAGUUAGGGGUUUUCGGUAAGAUUUAGGGGUUUUUGGUGGUGCUGAUUUUGAAAAUCGUAUCCAUUUCUUCUGAAUGUUUGCCUAUCUUCCUCAAUUCUUUAAAAUAAAUGUUCUACUUGGUAAAAACUUGGUCAAACUUGUAUGAUACUGUAAGAAAACUAAUGACGCUUUUUUCGUCUUUACAGCGAAAAUGACACUACUGCUUAAGCAAAAUUGUAAAAUUCGGAUAAAAAUUGAUAUGAUUUUCGAAAUCAGCGCUAUCGAAAACCUACCCCCACCCUUCCCCCGCCCUCCUCUUUCCUUUUUUUAGCGGACCUUUCCGCAGCGGACCUUUCCGUUCUCAAUCGACCUGAUCCAAGGGCAAAAAACGUACCAUUUCGCAUCGGAAAGUAUCAAAAAAUAUAGAAAAAAACAUCACUCUACAACUAAAAGACAGUUCGUUUUCAAGGGCGCGCCCUUUCUGAGCGGGCGCGUUUUUGAAGUCGGAGUUUUUUUCGCUUGGAGAGGGAGGUAUUUUGCUACAUUUUUGAUACUUCCCUGAGGCAAAGCGGCCCGUUUUUUCCACUGGAUCAGGUCCGCCAGCGACUUUCCCACACAAUUUUGAUUCCAGUUCCCUAAACGAAGACAGCGACGAGACAAAGUCGGGGCUGAUGACCAAGUCAUGUUCAGCCACGAGGAACGACCGAAUCGACUGGUCAGCUAUGGAGACCAUCGAACAGGAAAAGAAGGAGGUUCGAACUCCGGAGGAAAUUCGGUAAGUGUCUGUAUUAUCAGAGUUUGACAUGCAGUAGGUUUGCCAUAAUCAAAGCUAACAAAAUUUCAAACAAAAAAAGGUUAUCUCAUUUUUGUUUUCAUAAGAAAAAUAUAUAUUUUUCUGCUAAAUUCAGCCUGUAUUCUCAUCAUAAUUGAAUUUUGGGCCAUUCCAAAUACACUGGACUUUCUUUUCUAGGUUUGCUUAACAGGGGAAGUACCCCAAGUGCGACGCUCAGAUUUUUUUAAAAUUUUGCACACACGCCAGGCAUAGGCCACAUAAUAAAGGCCACAUUGUAAACGUUUUAGCUCUUUGUUUGCGGGGAGAGCCAAGAUACUGAGCUAUCUUUGAGGACGAGAGAGCAGCCGAAGCGCGGAGCGCUGUCAGAGAAAAAACACAUUUUGGCCGUAUUCUUGCUUGUUUCAUGCGGAAAAAAAAUCAUCUUUCGUUGAAACUUUAGACUCUAGGUUAAAAAUAUUAGAUAUUAUAAAAAUAACUUUUGAUCCCAAAAUUCGCAAAAAAGUUUCGUAUUUCUGCCAAUUUUUGAUCUAAAAAUCUCGGCUAUUUCUGCAAAGCACAAGCUAAAAAUCUGUCAUAUGCCUUCAAAAAAGUAUGUUUUAAAUUUGUGCCAAGUUUCUUCAAAAUCUGAGCGUUGCACUUGGCGUACUUUCCCUAUUAAGAAAGGCUAUUUUCAUUAAGUUUGGCCUGGCUCAAGCAAAUUUAAUGUUCGCCAAAAAGUCUCCUUGACCUUACUUUACUACCACUUCUAACACUCCUUUUCCUUCACUCUUCACUAACCCUAACUCUAACCCUUCAGCAAACUGAUGGCGCCGCUGCUCUCCGCCGUCACUGGCAGUGCCCUGUCGUUGGCGCAGUUCCCCAGCGAAGAGAAUGUCACGGUAAUCUUCGGGAAUCGCUCCAGCCUCACCGGCGGCAAACUUCGCGACAGUUUCGUGUCGUUGUACGACAACGAGAAGUCGGAGAUCUCCAGAAUCCCGCAGAAUGCGUCGCGGAGCAGUUUGUCCAAGAUGCUGCGCUCCGUGGACAAUGUCUGUUUGCCGUUUUCGAUGCCACAAACCUCGCUGUAUGUCGCGGACUAACCGGUUGGACGUGUUGUGAAUUUUGUUGCCGUAGCAGUGUUUAAUAUUCUUCCCAAUGGGCUUAGUUUUUGUUGUUUUUGAUAUCAGGUUUAAGGGAAAUAUCAAUUAUAUUAUACUUCACCAUCAGAUGGAGUUUUCGGGAGGGAAAAGCGAAAUUGCCCUAAGGGCAAUAGUUAGAUUUUUCUCAAAUUUGGCGCAGUUACUUCUUAUGGACUGUAGAAUAAUCGCUGGGAACUGUAGCUUAUGCCUUGCAAGGAGAGCCAUGAUAUUGGACGAUCUUUGAUUAGUGACCAUGCAGAUGAUGAUGGUCUACAAGAUUGUUCAAUAUCUCGGUAGUGCUUACAAAAUCUGAACCAGCCUUUAAACAGAUAAUACUAUAGACAAUGUAUAGUAAAUACACCAAAUAUAAAGAAAAUCCAAGCAUCGACCUUCGAGCAACUCACCUCCUUCAAGUGUAAUAUAAUUGAUCUCCCAAUUUUCGGAAUUUCCUCAAAAAAUCCCGUUUUGAUGGUCGAACGAAAUUUCAGCGGUCAAUUGAGAAACGGCGAGUCGGUUCCGGAACACUCUCAAAACAUCUCCAUGUACAACCGCGAACCACGCCGGUUAGGGCAGUCUCCGCUCGCCUCCAGCGCUUCCGCCCCGCCCCGACGUUUCUCCUACAGCCAACGGGAGUCGCCGCAACCGCCGCAGCCGCAAAGGUGAGUCGCUAAACAGAUCGUAACAUACAGUUUUGAUUUUUAAAGUUCAAAAGUGCGAAAACCGAGGCAACUUUUAGUUCAAGCUUUCGUGGUGGGACCCAAAAUUUUGAUUUCUCUUUCAAGAUCCUCUAAAAAUCAGUAAAAAUAUCUAAAAAGAAAUUUUUAAGACUGUGUCUAGCUGAUCUUAGGUCGAGUGUAGCUUAUUUAUGGUCCUAAAACAGAAUGCCAAGAAGUUGCAAGUUUUCGUGGUGGUACCCAAAAUGUUUGAUUUUCGCUAAAAGUCAAUUAGAAUAUGCUAAAACUCUUUCCUGUUGAUUAUCAGAUCGAGUGUAGCUUAUUUAAGGCCCUAAAACAUAAUGCCAAGAAUUGAAAGUUUUCGUGGUGGGUCCUAAAAUCCGCAAUUUUUGCUGUUUCCAUCGUGAUUAAUGCAUUUUUACACCCGUAGAAAUUUUAAAAAUUUGAGUAUUUUUGUUCAAUCGUAUUUUACAAUCUUAUUUUCCGUAAAUUUCCUGAAAGAAUCAAUUUUUCAUUUUUCCCCAAAAAACCCCAAAUUUUCAGAGUGGAGAUCAAGCCGCGCACGGACGAGUUCGUUCCCUGGCCCUCGAUCGAAGAGGUGCGCGCCCAACGAGCCCACCUUCUGCCCAAGAACCGGGACCGUCCACGGCCCGACACGCUCCGGGAUCGGUCCAGUUCGAUCCAUCGUGCUGAAACCCCGUCCAGGAUGGACGAAGCCGGCCCUUCCGAGGCCCAACCGAGAAGAUUCAGAAUCUCAGUGUCACCAACGAGAAGACUACAGGUCGGAAUUUUGAAUUUGAAAACAUUUUUUGGGUGCUUUUGAGGUCUGAAGUUGACGUAGAGGAUCAAAAAAAAUUUUUUUUCAAAUUGAAAUUUUUCAAAAUUUAGAGGUCUGAUUUUUCCAGAAAUGACUAGAGAGCGGGGUUUUGGCAAUUGCAGGCUAUGGUUUUGGUCCAAACAAAUUCGGCCCGGCUGUUUUCGAAAUUUUCAAAUUUUUUCAUGGAUACCUAUGGGUCGGCUAAAAAAAAUUUUUUUUAAUUUUUGGCCCGGCUUUUUUUAAAUUUUACUAGAAAAAACUGAUUUUUAUACAGAGCUACGCCUUAUCAUGAGCAGAACAACAUUUUUUAUCGUUUUUCAAAAAAUUUGGGUCUCGACGCGAAAACAAUAAAAUUUGAAAAAGUCGUAAAAAAUGGCUCUGAAGCCUUGGAAUAACAUAAAAUGAAUGUUGGAUACUUUUUUAUACCACAAAAAAUUUUUACAUAGUAAAAAAAACAUUUAAAAAACAAAAAAUCUCAAAAAUACCCCCCAAACCAAUUUUUUCAGGAGCCCGAAGUCGAGUCGCUCCCUCCAGCCCCCUCUCGUCCCAAAUUCAUCAUAAAGCAGCGUGUUAUUCCCGGCUCCACCCUGUCCAUGGCGUCCACCAUGACCAAACUCUCUUCGCAGCCCUCCACCCCCUCCAAACCGUCCACUCCGAUCGCGCCGAGAGUCGCGUUCGGCGCCGACGACUCGCCUCGUGUGGAGGAAUAA